AUGCUUCCUUUUGGGGGCAGAUUCUACGGGUUCGAGAGCUGGCUAGACCAUCCUCACCAACACCACUCAUCACCCUCUGAUGGGAAAUCAACAGAAGCCUGCAAGAGCCACAGGGAAGCCGAGAGGAGGCGCAGGCAGCGAAUCAACGCUCAUCUUUCCACCCUUCGCUCCCUCCUCCCUAACACCGCCAAGGCAGAUAAGGCGUCGUUGCUGGCGGAAGUGGUAAAGCACGUGAAGCGGCUAAAGAAAGAGGCCGAUGACGUGGCACGAGACCCGUCCAAACCCGACGCCGAAGCAGAACCGUGGCCGUUUCCGGGUGAAGCCGACGAGGCAACACUCAGCUACUGCGACGGAGAACCGAACCUGGUGAAGGCGACGCUGUGCUGCGAGGACCGUCCCGGUCUGAACCGGGACCUGACGCAUGCGAUUCGGUCAGUUCGAGCGAAAGCGGUUCGGGCCGAGAUGAUGACGGUUGGGGGCCGGACCAAGAGUGUGGUGGUAAUUCAAUGGCCAGCAGCGUCUGGUGGUGGUGAUUCGAAAGAAGGGGUGGAGGUUGGAGCUCUGGAACGGGCGUUGAAGGCGGUUAUUGAGAAUCGGGCUUUAGUGGGCUCUGGGAUGGGCCGCUUCGUGUUGGGUCAGAAGCGGGCUUGGAAUAGUUAUGAUUCCCCUGAUGAGUUUUUGCUAACCAGAGAUGCUAGCAAGUAA